AGGGACUCAACAGCCAUGUGAGACACAGCAGCUCCUCUUACAGGAGUGAGGGAGAACACAGACACAGGAGGAAUACACUGAGAGACACACACAACACAGAGGACGCCUAAAAGAGAAGGAGAAAUACCAAAACGAUCAAGUUUAAGGGAGUUCUGCAAUAUUCAAGAUUUAAAGAAGAAUUAUACUUCAAAGAGCAAAUACUACACUUGUGACAACGAAGUCACCGUAGGUAAACAAAAGACACAAAGCAGCAGAGGUACAAAAUAAGAAAGAAAGCGACAGUAUGUGAAUUCCAGCAAACAAACCCCAAAGAGAACGAGACAACAGUAAGUAUAAAAGGGGGGAGCCUCAGGAUUGAGGUUCAAUAAAACUUAAACAGGACUGUCGUGAAGAUAACGGAAAAGACAGAAGAGCAGUUUUAAAGAGUGACAAAAACAAAAUGACAUAACAAAGACGAGGAGGAGAAAAGAGAUAAAAAAGGAACCACAUAGGCAGCAAAACGGGAAGAGAGAACAGGCGUUGGAGAAUUUUCUGUUUCCAGGAAAGUAAUGUGACCAUGGGACUGAAAAGGAGGCCCGGACUCGUGUGAAGGGAGGCGGUCAAACUGGGGUCUUCUCAUCCACCUGCUCAGGUCCAUUAUGUCCCAUUCUUCAUCUACCCUCAAGAGAUAUACAGACACUGGUUACUCUAAGAGUUAUGGUGGACUCAGCUCCUAUACUUCCAACCUUAGUUCCUCCUAUAGUGAUCGCAAUAAGCUGCCUUAUAAGACCAAUGUGGGCAGUUCAUAUUACACUAGUUCUUACCUGCGCUCCUACCCAGUUCUGGACAGAAGUAUUCCCCGUCUAGAUCCUCCCAGCAAAAGGACUGACAUCUUGGCGCGCUCUCCCUCAAAAUGCACAACAAAUUCAAUAUACUCCUAUGGCCACAACUCAACUUACUCUACCCUUUCCACGACUCCUGUUACUUCUCUGUCACGUAAGAAGUCCUCUAGCCACACAGACCUGUCCCUUGGACUAUCUGAACUACGUACCUCAGACACUUACUACCCUCACAGCCCAGCACUGACACGGUCACGGUUGGAAGCAAAUGCAUCCUCACGGAUUUCCCGCGCUUCCAACCACAGUGAGUUCAGUGAUCUCUAUGGAAAGAAGAGAGUAUCAUCUAAUGGCUAUGGAAAUACUUGUAUACCUGCUCCAGAGCCUCUCACCUCACUUUCAAAGCCCACAUCACGGUUUCCUUACUCCUAUGAGAAGAGUGAGGUUUCCAGUGGCAAAGAGGAACCGGCUCCGAAAGUUGUGCAAGGUCUGGUUGGCCUGCGGAAUCUCGGGAAUACGUGCUUCAUGAACUCCAUCCUUCAGUGUCUGAGCAAUUCUAAGGAUCUCCGGGACUACUGUUUGCAGAAUUCAUAUCAACGUGACUUAAAUGCGAAGGCCUGCAGUACUGCAAUUAUGAAAGAGUUUGCACAUCUGCUCCAAGCAAUAUGGACAAGCUCGGCCAAUGAGGUAGUGAGCCCUUCGGAAUUUAAAACACAGAUACAAAGAUACGCCCCACGUUUCAUGGGAUACAAUCAGCAAGAUGCGCAGGAAUUCCUGAGAUUUCUUCUGGAUGGAUUACACAAUGAAGUAAACAGGGUGACAGUCAGAUCCAAAUACUCCCACCAGGACCUGGACCACCUGAUUGACACAGAGAAAGGCAAGCAAAUGUGGAAGAGAUAUUUGGAGAGGGAAGACAGUCGGAUUGUUGAGCUGUUUGUUGGCCAGUUGAAGAGUUCCCUCACCUGCACAGAAUGCGGAUACUGUUCCACGGUGUUUGAUCCAUUCUGGGACUUGUCAUUACCCAUUGCUAAGAAGUGCAUUCCCGAGGUCUCACUAAUGGACUGCAUUCGCCUUUUCACCAAAGAAGAUGUUUUAGAAGGGGAUGAAAAGCCAACCUGUUGCAGGUGUAAAGCUCGCAGAAGAUGCACCAAGAAGUUCACCAUCCAGAGAUUCCCCAAAAUUCUUGUACUUCAUCUCAAAAGGUUCUCUGAAGCCCGCAUUAGAAGUAGCAAGCUCUCCACAUUUGUGAAUUUCCCUCUUAAAGAUUUGGACUUGCGUGAAUUCUCGUCGGAACCAAGCCCUCAUGCAACAUAUAAUCUAUACGCUGUAUCCAAUCACUCGGGGACUACCAUGGGGGGACACUAUACUGCGUACUGCAAGAACCCUAGCAAUGGAGAGUGGUACACCUUUAAUGACUCAAGGGUAACAGCAAUGUCUUCCAGCCAGGUGAAGAGCAGUGACGCUUAUGUGUUAUUCUAUGAGCUCUCGGGACCCUCCUCCAGAAUGUAGACUGGAAACUCCUAUUUGGAGAGGCGACCCUCCCAAACACCAGCGAAACCUCCAGAGAGACUUGUAUGAACCUACACUUAUGCUGCAGUUACCUAAAAAGACAAUUAUUUGGAAGAACCAAUACCAGCGUUUCAUGCAGUCACACGUUGCCUUACCAGCACAGCCAAAGGACGCAAGGAUUAGGGGCUGACACGUGAUCAGUGUGCCAGUGCAGGGGUAUAGCAUCAGGACAACAUCGAAGAAUUCAAAUCAAUAUAUGUUUGCCAUUGGCUAUGCAAUAACAUGUUCCAUACAGUAUAUUGUCGUUGCCAGCGUAAUGCUGCUGGUUUUGCACUGCAGUUUUGCACAAGUUUCCCUGUUGCUGGUGGUAUUACUAUUUGAGUGUUGUUCGGAAGAGAAUCACUGACAGUAUUUCUUUUAAAGAUGUUAAUCAUUCUCAGGAAAGAGUCCUAUAGGUUCUUAAAUCGAACAAACCUUUCCAUAACAGUGAGCAGUACUCACUAGUUGUAGUGGGGAUUGUCUAUAUAUACAGAGAUAUUGUUCAAUCAUUAAAUAGAGAGAGCUAGCCUCUUCCAAGAUCAGAUGAUGUGGAGAGGGUACUCUCAGCCAUUGGAGGAUAUUAGUGCAAAAUAUCUUCUGCUAUAUCCAGUCACCAGUGUAAAGAAUAAAGCUUAUUUGUGGUGAUGUGUGUUUAAUAUAUCCAGUGUAAGUCCAUUUGAGCUCUUAGCUCGGGAUGUAUUAAUAUAAUAUAUAGUAAAUUGUUAACCUUGAUUAUGUGUGGAGUGGGAAUAUUAAUCACUCAGAAUUUCAAUCCAAAACUGGAAAUACGGAAGGUUCUCGUGAUUUGGAACUGUGGGGCCAUGAAAAUGAAAACCUCUUACACGGUUCUAUGUUUAACUGCUUGAGAGGUGUGGGGUACUCAGAUCUGUAGAUACUGUAGGAGGUGUUGGUGGAGGAGAUUAAUAGGCUUAUUAUGCAAGUUUGUGAAUCUUAACUACAUACCGUCCUUAUUCCCCCAUUCUCCAAGUUGAAUGUAUUGUUGCUGAAAGUUGCGGGCAGCUGCGAUGCCCAUAUUUACUAACUAAUGAAAGGUUCCGUUGAACUUCAUAAGUUCAUGGGUGUGCAAGUUGAAACCCAUGCCGCCCACUGAUUUUACACUGACCACCGUAUAAAUCUUGGCGCUUACACCAGCGGCUGCCUGCAGCAAGAGAUCUGUCAUAAACAGGCUUUCCUUCCCUGUAUGCACAACUCCGAAUCACACAGAGCUUUUACAACACGCCCGUUGACACUCCCAGGAUAGUUACGUGAGAUCGCAUUAUCACCACCAAUUUCCCACCUCAAAAUUUCCUAUUUCACAGACAGACAGCUGCGGCAAAGUUCCGGUCAACUAAGAAUUGGACAAACAAAUGCAAAAAAAAUGUACAUUCGCUUUGUGUCUAUGCUAAAGGUGGGUACACACUGCUCUAUGAGCGACGUCGCCUAGUGUUUCCCCUGCCAGGCCGCCCGACGGCGGGCAUGCACACUGUACCAUAUCACUAACGAUAUCGCACAGUGACGUCAUGCUGCGGCCGGCAGGAGCCUGCAGUUUUGGACAAUGAGUCCAAGUUGAGCUGCAUGCACGGCUGACACCAAGGGUCGUUAACGACACACGGGGCCGCGCAUAGCUCGCCGGCGUCAUACACACUCAGCGAUAAAGUAAACAACGUCACUCAGGAAGGGUCAAAAUGAGCGACGUUUAGUUUUUUGCUAAGAGAUUAAAUUAUUUAUUUUAACAAUCAAAAUACAAUGAAAUUUGAGUAGUUAGGGUGCAAAGUCUGCUCAGCAGGUGAGUUCCACCAGCGUGUGUUUGGGAUCAUAGACCAAACACGCAGCGUGUUUUAUCCAGUCAUCAGCCGCUCUGCCCAUGCAGUAGCAGCAUUGGGUAUGUGCACAUGAGCUGAUUUAUCCUGCUGGUGUUCUGUUCUGUUUAAAUGCUUCAGGAAGCGAUAGAGCAGAAGUGACAGAAGGGAGAUUAACAAUGACCAGAAAAGCAUAAGCGUGCAUGUAUUGUAUUACCUGGGAAAAGGAAGUCCUCCUUUUCCUAUCCAUUUGGUGAAAAUGACCGGGUUCAGUUCAAUGACCUGAACUGUUUGGGCACGAGUGCCGUGAUUUAGUAGGGCGCUCUUAAUCGCAUCUACAUUGCUGAAAAUGUGAGUUAUAGUUGGGGUUGGCAUGCCCAGGUUCAUUUUAAAUUCCAGUGUAAAAACAAAUUGGGCAGUAUUUGCUGGCCACAAGCAAAAUCAGCCAGCAGUUUCUCUGCUUACAAAAAAAUACAUACAUUUGCACCCCUGGCAUUGCAACAGGGUUUAUUCCAGGAGCAAAUUGCUCUUGCUCCUUAAUCUGGAACAGGCCCGAUAUGCACAACAUAAGCACCAUCCCAUGGGGGUCAUUCCGAGUUGUUCGCUGGUUGCCGAUUUUUGCAACGGAGCGAUUAAUGCGAAAAUGCACAUGCACAUGGUACACAGUGCGCAUGCGCUAAGUAAUUUAGCUCAAAACUUAGUAGAUUUACUCACGGCAGAACGAAGAAUUUUCAUCGUUGAAGUGAUCGGAGUGUGAUUGACAGGAAGUGGGUGUUUCUGGGCGGAUACUCAGCGUUUUCACGGCGUUUGCGGAAAAACGCAGGCGUGCCAGGGAAAAACGCGGGAGUGGCUGGAGAAACGGGGGAGUGUCUGGGCGAACGCUGGGUGUGUUUGUGACGUCAAACCAGGAACAAAAAGGACUGAGCUGGUCGCAAUGGCAGAGUAAGUCUGGAGCUACUCGGAAACUGCGGGGUAAUCGUUACGAGAAAAUUAGCGAUUCUUUCGUUCGCAUUUCUGCUAUGCUAAGAUACACUCCCAGUAGGCGGCGGCUUAGCGUGUGCAAUGCUGCUAAAAGCAGCUAGCGAGCGAACAACUCGGAAUCACCCCCAUAUCUGUACAUGGUACAUAGAAUUGUUUGUUUUUAUUUAUUUUGUCUCCAAUGUACAGGAACAACUCUCUUACACUUGAAUAUCCACAUCCAAUUGCGUUUGCACUGGAAAAAGCUCCGGCGUGUCUGUGCAGUUUAGAGUAGUGCAUGUUUAGCGUAGUGUAUGUAUGUAUGUAUGAUAUGUAAACAUGUGAGUUGUGCGUGUACUGUAGUGUUUCAUUUUGCUGCUAACAAGGUGGAUUCACACCUGCUUCACACCUCUUAGACAGUGAAUAUUUUGGGGGCGACCCACAGACCACUCUCAGGCCACACUGAGCUGGUGCUUACCAUGUAAGUGUGUAGAAUUUGUAACAAGAGUUUUGCUGUAAUCCUAAGGACCCUAUGUGUUCUAUGCAAUGUAAAUAUCCUAAUUAUACUCUCUAUCAAAAACA